AAGUUUAUCUUAUCAUUCAUGCUUUAAUACAGGUUUUAAAGAUGGUUCCACCGAUUGAAACUCCAGUUAAAGCUCAAUAUUCUCACAAAACUUCUCAUGCUCCCCUCAACGAAAGACUGCUUUCAUCUCUAACCAGGAAAUCAAUUGCUGCACAUCCAUGGCAUGAUCUUGAGAUAGGACCUGAUGCCCCACAGAUAUUCAAUUGUGUGGUUGAAAUUAGUAAGGGAAGUAAGGUGAAAUAUGAACUAGACAAGAAAACAGGGAUGAUCAAGGUGGACAGGAUUCUUUAUUCGUCUGUCGUUUAUCCACACAACUAUGGUUUUAUCCCUCGUACCCUUUGCGAGGAUAAUGAUCCUAUCGAUGUCUUGGUUAUCAUGCAGGAACCUGUUCUUCCUGGAUGCUUUCUCCGGGCGAAAGCAAUAGGCCUAAUGCCUAUGAUUGAUCAGGGCGAGAAGGAUGAUAAGAUCAUUGCUGUUUGUGCUGAUGAUCCUGAAUAUCGUCACUAUACUGACAUAAACGAGCUCCCCCCACAUCGUUUGGCUGAGAUCCGUCGCUUCUUUGAGGACUACAAAAAGAACGAGAACAAAGAAGUUGCUGUCGACGAAUUUCUGCCAUCCACAAGUGCCUUCGAUGCUAUCCAACACUCAAUGGAUCUUUAUGCUGAUUACGUUGUUGAGAGUUUGAGGCGGUAGUUGUUGUUGGAUCGGGUUUCUUAUAUAUAUGUUAUUCUAUUAUAAGUUUUUAUAUACAGAAAUGUCGAGAUGAUUACGAAAAUUGUUUAUGCUAUAUAGUAUGAUUUUAAUAAUUUCAUUAUUGUAAUUCGUUACAUUGCUGAUAUUUUUCAUGUAUUGUUUAUACCAUUUUGGAGACCAUCUAUUUGGUCAUUAUUAUUUCAGUUUU